GGCUCGGCUUUGCCGCGCGCGGUGCACUCGGGCGAGAGCUGGAACCUGGGACGGAGCUCAGGUCCCAGCGCAGCCACCGCGAUGAGAGGCGCUCGCGGCGCCUGGGAUUUUCUCGGCGUCCUGCUCCUUCUGUUCGGCCUCCAGACAGGCUCUUCUCAACCAUCUGUGAGUCCAGGGGGACUGUCUGCACCAUCCAUCCAUCCAGCAAAAUCAGAGUUAAUAGUCAGUGUUGGCGACGAGAUUAGGCUGCUCUGCACCGAUCCAGGAUUUGUCAAAUGGACUUUUGAGACCCUGGGUCAGCUGAGUGAGAAAACACACAAUGAAUGGAUCACGGAGAAAGCAGAGGCCACCAAUACAGGCAAUUACACGUGCACCAACGAGGACGGCUUAAGCAGUUCCAUUUAUGUGUUUGUUAGAGAUCCUGCAAAGCUUUUCCUUAUGGGCCUGUCCCUGUAUGGGAAAGAAGGCAAUGACACGCUGGUCCGCUGCCCUCUGACUGACCCGGACGUGACCAAUUACUCCCUCACGGGCUGCGAGGGGAAACCUCUUCCCAAGGACUUGACGUUCGUCGCUGAUCCCAAGGCUGGCAUCACCAUCAGAAACGUGAAGCGCGAGUACCACCGGCUCUGCUUGCACUGCUCUGCGGACAGGAAGGGCAAGUCAGUGCUGUCGAAGAAAUUCACCCUGAAAGUGAGGGCAGCCAUCAGAGCUGUACCAGUUGUGACAGUGUCCAAAUCCAGCUAUCUUCUUAGGGAAGGGGAGGAAUUCACAGUGACCUGCUCCAUAAAGGAUGUGUCUAGUUCCGUGGACUCAAUGUGGAUAAAGGAAAACAGCCAGCAGACUAAAGCACAGGUAAAGAGCAAUAGCUGGCAUCAAGGUGACUUCAAUUUUGUACGUCAGGAUAGGCUGACUAUCAGCUCGGCAAGAGUGAAUGAUUCUGGAGUGUUCAUGUGUUACGCCAAUAAUACUUUUGGAUCAGCAAAUGUCACAACAACUUUGGAAGUAGUAGAUAAAGGAUUCAUUAAUAUCAUCCCUGUGGCGAAUACUACAAUAUUUGUAAACGAUGGAGAAAACGUAGAUCUGACUGUUGAAUACGAGGCAUACCCGAAACCUGAACACCAACAGUGGAUAUAUAUGAACAAGACCUUCACUGAUAAAUGGGAGAAUUAUCCCAAGUCUGAGAAUGAAAGCAAUAUCAGAUAUGUAAGUGAACUUCACCUAACCAGAUUGAAAGGGACCGAAGGCGGCACUUACACGUUUCUAGUGUCCAAUUCUGAUGUCAGUUCUUCGGUGACAUUUAGUGUUUACGUGAACACAAAGCCAGAAAUCUUGACUUCUGAGAGGCUCAUGAAUGGCAUGCUCCAGUGCGUGGCAGCAGGCUUCCCGGAGCCCACAAUAGAUUGGUACUUUUGUCCAGGAACGGAGCAGAGAUGUUCUGUUCCUGUUGGGCCGGUGAAUGUGCAGAUACAGAACUCCUCUGUGAACCCGUUUGGCAAGCUGGUGGUUCAGAGUUCCAUCGAUGACAGUGCCUUCAAGCUCAACGGCACGUUCGAAUGCAGGGCUUACAACGAUGUGGGCAAGAGUUCUGCCUUUUUUAACUUUGCAUUUAAAGGUAACAGCAAAGAGAAAAUCCAUUCCCACACCCUGUUCACGCCUUUGCUGAUCGGUUUUGUGAUUGCGGCCGGCAUGAUGUGCAUUAUUGUGAUGAUUCUUACCUACAAAUACUUACAGAAGCCCAUGUAUGAAGUACAGUGGAAGGUUGUUGAGGAGAUCAAUGGAAACAAUUAUGUGUACAUAGACCCAACGCAACUUCCUUAUGAUCACAAGUGGGAGUUUCCCAGAAACAGGCUGAGUUUUGGGAAAACCUUGGGGGCCGGCGCCUUCGGCAAAGUGGUGGAGGCCACAGCAUACGGCUUGAUCAAGUCGGAUGCAGCCAUGACUGUUGCUGUAAAGAUGCUCAAGCCGAGUGCCCAUUUAACAGAACGAGAAGCCCUCAUGUCUGAACUCAAGGUCUUGAGCUACCUCGGCAAUCAUAUGAAUAUCGUGAAUCUCCUGGGAGCGUGCACCGUCGGAGGGCCCACGCUGGUCAUUACAGAAUAUUGUUGCUAUGGCGAUCUUUUGAAUUUUUUGAGGAGAAAACGUGAUUCAUUUAUUUGCUCGAAGCAGGAAGAUCAUGCAGAAGCGGCACUUUAUAAGAACCUUCUGCAUUCAAAGGAGCCUUCCUGUAGUGACAGUACUAAUGAGUACAUGGACAUGAAACCCGGAGUUUCUUAUGUUGUACCAACCAAGGCAGACAAAAGGCGAUCAGCAAGGAUAGGCUCAUACAUAGAAAGAGAUGUGACACCUGCCAUCAUGGAAGAUGAUGAGUUGGCCCUGGACCUGGAAGACCUGUUGAGCUUUUCUUACCAGGUGGCGAAGGGCAUGGCCUUCCUGGCCUCGAAGAACUGUAUUCACAGAGACUUGGCAGCCAGAAAUAUUCUUCUUACCCAUGGUCGAAUCACAAAGAUUUGUGAUUUUGGUCUAGCCAGAGACAUCAAGAAUGACUCUAAUUAUGUGGUCAAAGGAAAUGCUCGGCUGCCUGUGAAGUGGAUGGCGCCUGAAAGCAUUUUCAACUGUGUGUACACAUUCGAAAGCGAUGUCUGGUCCUAUGGGAUUUUUCUGUGGGAGCUGUUCUCUUUAGGAAGCAGCCCGUACCCUGGAAUGCCGGUCGAUUCCAAGUUCUACAAGAUGAUCAAGGAGGGUUUCCGGAUGCUGAGCCCGGAGCAUGCACCUGCUGAAAUGUAUGACAUAAUGAAGACUUGCUGGGAUGCUGAUCCCCUGAAAAGGCCGACAUUCAAGCAGAUCGUUCAGCUGAUUGAGAAGCAGAUUUCAGACAGCAGCAACCAUAUUUAUUCCAACUUAGCCAACUGGAGCCCCAACCAGGAGAACAUCGUGGUGGACCACUCUGUGCGGAUCAACUCCGUGGGCAGCAGCACCUCGUCCACCCAGCCCCUGCUUGUUCACGAAGACGCCUGAAGCAGAGCACAUGCCUGGGGUCUCCCCGACAUAGUGAUCCCCAUUCUUGUUUCUAUUACUGUUUUGUUCGACUUGCAUCCUACUCCCAGAAAAUGGACACCCCACUGUAAUCCCGUCUUUAUGAGCACACUUUAGUGGCCGAUGCUUUUUGUCAUCCGCCCCUAUCCCCUUGCCAGGCCAGGGUUCAAACUGCAUAUAUUCCCAAUAGCAGAGUAGCUCCUGGUAACAACAACAACAACACAUCUGAGUUGGAGAAAGGGAGUGUGAAAUGGGUUUUAGGCACCUUGAGUCCUUUCUGAGCCUUCUCUAGUUUCUGUUCGAAAAGUAAGAUUGGUAGUGUAUUUAAAUAAAUGGCAGUAGUCACCUUCAGCCCUUGUAGCCAUCCAUAAUGACAUGAUGGUGCAGUGAGAUUAGAAGCUGAAACCUAAGCCCCUGAUGUGGAAAAUAGAGCGUGACUGGGACAAAGGUCAGAAGUCUAUGAAUGUCUGGGCUUAAGAAAUCUACUUCAUGAUGGGAAUGAGACGUAGACCAUGAAAAAACACUCCCUGAGCCUGAAUGGAGACUUGCUGCUGAGCCGUAAGCCUCUGUCCUGCUGACCUGCUUUCUGGCCAGUUAGCUGUCAGGGUGCUGGAUUGGAGAGAGGGCCUCCCCCAUUCAGGUUGUAUAUACUCAUCCUGCAAUUGUACAUGUUCAUAUACCUGAGGGAGGAAAACCCACAAGGUGUCUUUCUGGAUGUGACUCUGCUCAAGUCUGCUGUAUGUAGGAAUAGAUACAGAGCCAGGCAGGUGUGAAGGACACAGUUAGUGCUUUUUUUAUUUUUUAAAGAAAAACCAUAAUUGUUAAGCACAAUCUUAAGAACAGUCUUCUUAUGUAGCCGUGGAACUUGCUGUACAGAUUCCCCAGAACACGCCUAUAGCUUCAGAAUGGCAUUGUGCUCAAUGGAUUUGAUGCCACUUGAAAAAGAUUCACUGCAUGACUCCGGCAGGAGUGAGAAAACAGUGCUGUCUUGGUUUGGAUGCUUCUGUAGCAGGAAAGAAAAUUUAGAUUCAGGCUCCUUUGCAGACAUGUCUUGGACGCUGGGCCAGUAUCUAUAUAAAGUGUGUAUGUGUGCGUGCAUGUGUGUGCUUAUAGACACAUCUUUUGGGCGGUAUUUUUGCCCUGAGCCCAAGAGGGUCCUUAGUACCCAAGAAGUAGCUUGGCUUUCAUUGUCCAUAUACUGCUCUUCGUUCCCUUCGCCUUGCUGUCCUGAGAAGCUUACCAAAAGCUCACAUAGAGGCAUGUAGGAAGCCGAGUGCCUAAAGUACCUAUUUAUUUGCAAUCCACCGCCACUUAAGGCACUGCGUUAUUUAUACUCGACAUACUGUACUCGUUCCUUAGACCUUAUUAAUGCUACUCUCCCACUGGAAUGUAUUUAAAUUUUACCCUUUAGGUUGUAGCCUGGAUAUUAUUCUUAGUUUACCUUCUCUUUCAUCACUGCCCAACUACAAGAGGUCCAUGUGGUACAUGGCAAGGCUUCUGUGUUGUCUUGCAAGAUGCAGGUCUGCUGCCUUCACGGUUCCCCCUUCCUAGUCCCUUAGGUGACAUGUAGAGAACUGUGGCCAUUUAUCUGGAAGUAACCAUUUGCACUGGAGUUCUAUGCUCUCGCACCUUUCCAAAGGUAACCAGUUUCGGGGUUUAUUGUCAACGUAAGAGAUUGUCGCUGUUUGCCAUACUUGGAAAAUUUCCUUUGCGUUGCUGUUGACUUCAAUUAGAGUAAGAAAAGUGGUUAACUGUAGAUGUCUAGGUACUUCAGGGGCACUUCACUGAGAGUUUUGUCUUGGAUAUUCUUGAAAGUUUAUAUUUUUAUAAUUUUUUUUUGUUACAUCAGAUGUUUCUUUGCAGUGGCUUAAUGUUUGAAAUUAUUUUGUGGCUUUUUUUUGUUUGUAAAUAUUGAAAUGUAGCAAUAAUGUCUUUUGAAUAUCCCCAAGCCCAUGAGUCCUUGAAAAUAUUUUUUAUAUAUACAGUAACUUUAUGUGUAAAUAUGGAAACAGUGCAAGUUUAAAGGAUGUUGGUGUUCUAUGUGUUUUUUUCCUGAUAUGUUGUCCAACUGUUGACAGUUCUGAAGAAUUCUAAUAAAAAUGUAAAUACAUAAAUCAA